AAAAACUAUUUUUGCGUCAAACAAAAAAAUAUUUUUUAGCUGCAACAAGGAUUACAAGUGCAACAUAAAUGUAGUUAGUUUAAUUUCGAGAAAAUGAGUUAAAAGUUGCUUUCAAAUUAUUAAAACAAUAAAUAAAAAAUCACUUUGAAAAGUGUUUAAAAGUUUAACAAAAUGAGUUCCAUACUGGACAUGAGAACGGCUAAGCCCACCGUUUGGGAGGAGCUGAGCAAUUUGUUUCUGCCUCUAAAGUACAUCAUCACCAGCGAAAGAUUUGAUGCUUUAGUGGAGAAUAUUAAUUUCAAUUACCUGGUGAAUGCAAUGUUCUGGAUAUUUUUGUUCUUCAGUUUCGGCUUUGUAGGAUUCCAGAAACUAUUUCAGAUUUUCUUAAAGUCUUCAAACAUCAAAUAUUACAAACACAAACAAUUUGCUAGAUCUAUUUGGAAUAUUGCCUUCUAUACAGCCUGCACUUUGUUCUUAUAUUUCUAUAAUGAAUUGGUUAUUUUGCCGCAACUCUUAAAGAAUCAAGGACGCUACUCUUUGUUUUAUUCAUCGGAAAAUCUCAUAUUUUACAAAUCGCAACAAUGUGAAAAGUUUCAAUUUUAUUCGAUUUUUAUCAUAACAUUCUAUUUGCACGGUGCCAUGCUGGACUUUAAGGAGUCGGAUUAUUUGGAAGCGGCUUCGAAAAGUUUGUAUUUGAUGUCAUUGGUGGCCAUCGAUGUUUAUAGAUACGAAAACUAUUUCGUGGGCGUUAACUUAAUACUUGGUAUCUAUAAUAUUAUAACUGAAAUUCUAUCGUUAUUUGCUUUACAAAAUUCAAAAAGAAAUUUAUUGGUCUAUCAAAUAUUUCUGGGUUUGCGUAUAGCCUCAUGGUCUCAUGUCUUUAUCAGUCUCUUGCCCUUUAAGUAUUUGGUGCCCACUCUAUUUGCCAAAAAUUUCAAAUUUAUCUUAAAUAUUGUAAUUUGGCUUUGGUAUGGUUUGAGUAUUUGGAACUCGCCCGUAUUGCAAUAUUUCUAUCAUCAAAUCUAUCACAAUUCACCGGUAGAUUGUUCGGGUGAAGGUUCAGCGGCCAAGUGUAUACUACUCAAAGACUCUAGUGAGCAUAGACAUUUCAAGGCCUUGAAAAAAGCUUAUUUAGAGGUUAAGCUGGCUCAGGAAAAGAUGAGCGCCAGUAAUUUGAGUGCCACGGGCACGGAGAGUUCUUCGGCUAAAGCUUUUCAAGCUAUUAAGUGCAUUAUGACCUUAAAACGCAAAUUGAAACGCAUACGCGAGGGUCGUGGCAGUGAAGCCGAAGAUGACAACGAUGAUGGUCUUUCAACUGAGUGCUGAAUUAAUUAAUUUAAUGUUACUGUGACACCAAUUACAAUUUCCUUCUCCUAUCGCAAUCUUAUAAUGACAAUAUUUUCUAGCAAAUUGUGUUUAGUUAAAAUCUUAUUAUUAAUAAUCUUAGUUAGUUAGCCAGCAUGUGUAUGACAAUUGUUUAAUAAUCUAGCUUCCUAUUUCGAAUCUAAGCUUAAUCUUUAUAUAAUAAAAACGUGAUUUUUCUACAUAUGUAUAUUGGCUGCUUGUAAAUGUUUUAAGCUAAUAUUAUGCAAAACAUUUAUAAAUAAAUAUUGAAAAUAUAUUCCUAAUAAAUUCGAUUAUUACACCUUA